AUGGCAACCCCAGGCACUCAGUAUAUGAUGCAAGCCGGCCUAGCAGUCGGCAUGGCAUGCACUCUCCACACCCCAAGCCGGUGGACCCUCGCUCUGCAUGGUGUGGGUGGAAAGGACGUACUCGUUCCCUACCUGAGUAUCGGCGCAUGGUCAUGGGGCGAUAAAGCAACCUUCAACUACAACCCAAAACGAGACCUCCCGCGCAUUCACGCAGCGUGGGCCAAGCUCAAGUCUGUCGGGUUGACCUUUGUGGAUACAGCGCAAUCAUACGGCGACGGCGAGAGCGAGCGGAUAUGUGGAACCCUGUUCCGGGGCAUACCUCGCAACUCUUUCGUAGUACAAACAAAGUGGCUCUCAACACCAGAUAUGACCAAUACACUCAUGCAGGCUGGCGGGCCCAAGUCUAAGCUUAAAGAUUCGCUUCUCCGUCUUAACCUAGAUUAUGUCGACAUCUAUCUCGUACACGGGCCUAUCCACCCUAGCAAAAUAUCCACGAUCGCCAAGGGAAUGGCCGACUGUGUGGAAUCCGGGAUGGCGCGCGCGGUUGGGGUGGCUAAUUACGAUACAAAAGAGAUGAUCAAGAUGGCCGAUGAGCUGGCCAAGCACGACAUCCCGCUCUCUGUCUGCCAGUGCGAGUACUCAAUCGUCCGCCGCUUGCCUGAAGUCAGCGGCAUGAUCCGAGAAUCCAAAAAGCGGAGUAUCUGCUUUCAGGGGUUUGCUUCGCUGGCUGAGGGUCGUCUUUCUGGUAAAUAUUCACGCUUCAAUGAGCCCCAACGCAGGCGGCGCUUCAGCAAUUAUCACAUGCACAUACUGGAACCUACUAUUAAUGUCUUGAAGAGUAUUGCCGAGGAACGGCAUGUGCCUGUUCCUGCUGUUGCACUGAAUAACUCUAUCAAUAAGGGUGUUCUGCCGCUGGUUGGCGUGCGCGAUGCUGGUUAA